CACCACCAUAUAGCCUUGCCUUGCACAUUGCGCAACCUCAGCUGAAAGCCAGCGUCAGUUUUACAACUUAGACACAUCUCCGAGUUUUCCAAAUUUUCUAUUCACCACAAUGGGUAGCAUCUCAUUCCGCGAGCAUAUCCGCUGGAUCCCCGAUGAGGCGAGCGAGCCGACGUCGACCGUGGUGCUCACAUCCCCGCAGCGCCGUUUCGUAGACCUCCGCAUCCUGAAGCAAACGCCAACCGUGGAUGGCGUGCAAGAUACGCACGGCGUCGAGCGCCUGGAAUGGGGUAUCGCGGGAACCUCGUCAUCGUCCACCCGCACCGAUGACCAGGGCGUCGAGGUGCGCCAUUCCCGCUGGGAGCACUGGAUCGACUCGCGCACGACGGAGCCUGAGAACGCCGCCGACGAGGGCGACAUGUACGAGCAGCCCGACGGGCUUACGCUCGAAAAGGGCCGGAUGGUGAACCCUGCCAACGGCCGGGAGACGGACUACGAGGAGCUCUGGAAGGACGUUGAGCCCGUUGCGGUUCCGCUCGUUGGUGCCGCCGCCGAGGGCGAGGUUCAGAAGGGUGUUGAGUGUGUUGUGCUCAAGUUCGAGGAUGAGUCGAUCAGGGCGCGGGGUAUGGUUGUUUGGCUGGGGCGGUUCUGUCAGGGGAUUUCGAGGGUCGGGGAGGAGGUUGCUGCGGAGAGGUGGGAGUGGAGGGAGGGGGAAGGAUGGAGGCGGACGGUGAGGAUUGGGGAUCGGGCUUUGCCUUGUGAGGUGUUGUUGAUGACGGGUGCGGCGUUGAGUGUUGGGACGCAUGUUGUUCAUGAGGAGGUUGUUUGGGAUGUGCUCGAGAGUCAGUGAUGAUGUGGUUUUUUCUGGAAUAGUGCGAUGAGCUUGACGCGUUCUGAAUUGUCGCUCCACUGGGCGGGUUUCUAGAAGGCCACGGUUGGGUAGAAAGGGCAGCAUUACGGCUGGAGAAGAUUCCCUAGGAAUUGCACAUUCGAAUCCGCUGAGUUAUUCUGCUUCUGCUCAUGUCAGUC